AUUCGUAUUGUGUAGUUUGUGGACGUAGUUUAGUUCGUGAUUUUGUGAUCGAAAUUUUAUAGUGCUAUUGUUAUUACGACCUUCUUAUCGAAAUAGUGAAAACUGUGUCGACAUACUCGAAUAAAUUGGCAUGUUAUAGGAGAUUCUUGACGUGAGCUUCUCGGAUCAUUAUCAUGAAAAUGGUCUUGUCUCAACGCCAGCGGGAAGAGCUUAACAAAGCCAUCGCCGACUACCUCAACACCAACGGCUACUCCUCUGCCCUGGAGGCCUUCAAAAAAGAGGCGGACAUGGCCGUGGGCGAGGUGGAGCGCAAGUACGGCGGGCUGUUGGAGAAGAAGUGGACGUCGGUGGUGCGGCUGCAGAAGAAGGUGAUGGAGCUGGAGUCGAAGCUGAACGAGGCGGAGAAGGAGUACAUCGAGGGGGCGCCGACUCGCGGCAAGCGCAGCCCCGCCGAGUGGAUACCGAGGCCGCCCGAGAAGUUCUCGUUGACUGGCCACCGAGCGCCAGUCACCCGAGUGAUCUUUCAUCCCGUGUUCAGUCUAAUGGUGUCGGCCAGCGAAGAUGCCACCCUUAAGGUGUGGGACUUCGAGACGGGCGAGUACGAGCGUACCAUGAAGGGCCACACGGAUUCAAUACAGGACAUCGCUUUCGACGCGUCCGGCAAGCUGCUGGCGUCCUGCAGCGCCGACAUGAGCGUCAAGCUGUGGGACUUCCAGCAGAGCUACGAGUGCGUGAGGACGAUGCUGGGGCACGACCACAACGUGUCGGGGGUUUGUUUCAUGCCGGGCGGGGAUUUCGUCGUCUCCUCCAGCCGCGACAAGACCAUCAAAAUGUGGGAGGUGUCAACGGGGUAUUGCGUCAAGACUUACACUGGCCACAGGGAUUGGGUGCGGAUGGUCCGCUCCUCCCCAGACGGCACCCUAUUGGCCAGCUGCUCCAACGAUCAGACGGUGCGCGUGUGGGCCGCGGCUUCGAAGGAAUGCCGCGCCGAGCUGCGCGCGCACGACCACGUGGUCGAGUGCGUCGUCUGGGCGCCCGACUGCGCCGCCGCCGCCAUCAACGAGGCGGCCGGCGUCGACAACAAGAAGGGCGCUCGCGCCGGGCCGUUCUUGGCGUCGGGGUCCAGGGACAAGUCGAUCAGGAUAUGGGAUGUGGGAGCAGGCGUGGCCCUAUUCGUUCUUACAGGGCACGAUAAUUGGGUGAGAGGAGUGGUAUUCCACCCUGGGGGAAAGUUCUUGGUAUCGGCUAGCGAUGACAAGACAUUGAGGGUGUGGGAUUUGAGAAACAAGCGCUGUACAAAAACUCUGGAUGCCCACAAACACUUCUGCACAUCAUUAGAUUUCCACAAGUCGCAUCCCUAUGUUAUCUCUGGAAGCGUGGACCAGACGGUCAAAGUAUGGGAAUGCCGUUAGGCGAGACUUGAGGUGUGGCUCAAUAAAAAUAAUUAUUCCAUGCGUGUCGGAACAGAGCGUUCUGAAUGUACUAGAAAAUAGAAGGAUUCAGUGGCCCUUUCUGCAAUCAAUUUGGCGUGUAUGGUUAAACAUUAUUUUACGUCGAACAUAUUGCUUAUUGUGCUUGGCUGCUAAGGUUACGGAUAGCCUUUCUUGCGAAAACUAUUUAUUUUGAAGUGCCCAGCCGAGUACAUUCCGAUCUGUUUUAACUAGAUUAUUUAAAAGAAAUAUAACUUAUAUUUUUUGUUACUUUUAAUUUGCCACUCUAGGAAUUUCACGACUAGUUUUACUUUGUUGAAUACGAUUUUUAGCAACUAAAUACGGUAUUUGUACAAUUUUUACGUUUCCUUGUGAUAUUCCAGUGAAAUUUUUAGAGUGGAAUUUUUAUUAGUAAAUAUGUAGAUGCUUUAUGAUGUAACAUGCAACAUUAUAAGAAUAGAUAAGAAAUCCAUAAGAGUUUCAGUUUAAGUAGAUAUUUCCUGACAAAUCAUUUCUGGUUGAUGUAUUAUACUAAUAAAAAUAUUUAUUAUCAAAAUGGUACCUACUUUGUGAAAUAAAUAUAUAAAAUUUUGCAGCU